AUGAAAAAUUCCAAACUACUUACCAAGCAGCUGGCCACCUUGGGACAAUUGCCUGCCAUUUAUAAAACUGUAAAGAAACAGAAAUACAACUUCCCCCAUGAAUUGAAGAAUGGGAUCUGGAAAAUAGUCCUACCGGUACCUCCAGAAGAUGAGCUAUUGGAAAUUAAAGGAAACAAUGUGGCUUUUCAAGAGUGCUUGAUUGGCAAUCUUCGGUUUCUACUGAGUGGACCACUGAGGACAAUGCCUCUGGUCCCUGACGACCUACCCAUCUCUUCCCCAGCUGGCAGUGAGUUAAUGGCUGACUGGGCUGAUUGUGCUCCUUCCUUUUUUGUUCUGGUUACAGAAAUUAAGACUUUGCAAACAAAUGAUUCAUUCAGUACAUGGACAGAAGUUAGAGUGCCCCAAGGCAUUCUAAGUGAUUCUGAAAGACACAGUGUAACGGAUGUGUGCCUGGCAGAUGGUAUGAUAUUUUUUCUAAUAAAUGGUAUCCUUUACCUGAAAAGUUUUUCUGACUUUGUGAGACUGGGAAAAAAUUCUUCUCUUCCUAGUGAUGAAAUUCUUGGUAUUACAUCCAGAAAAUGGUGUUGGCGCAAUUAUUUGCUCAAGUUUUCAGGAAAAAGAAGCAGUGUGGCAGUCUGGACAAAAAAUUCUGUUUUCCUAGGGCAUUAUUAUCCACCUGGCACCAGAAAAGCAGAAGAUCCUCAUGCUUUGUUUAAAUUUAGAAGGAUAAUGACAACUGUAAAACUGAAGCAUCUUCUCUCCCUGUCAUCAGCUGGUACUCUAACUAUACACACCGUUGAGUAUACGGUGCAUCCUUUGGAACUUGCUGUAUUUUUCAGUUACUACACUACACGCACUUCAGGCAAAGAUAUUUACCUGAUUAUACAUAAUGAAGAUACCAAACAGUGGACACAACAAGACUUUGUCUUAAAUGUCCCUAGUGACAGCGUCUUAGUUUCACGCUUUUUGUAUUCAGCAUUUCCAGAAUUUCUAUUAUGGGACCAACACAGGAUCUAUUACAGUUAUCACAACUUCACAGUUUCUGGAGUUUUACAAACACCUACACAAAACGGAAAUCUAUCAAGAUUAUCACAGAAUAGCACUAUACACGAUGUCUUUUUAGAUAAUUUUGGAAAUAUUGUGAUAAAAAUGAAAAACAAUGUAAUGUUUUAUUCUAAGAGCAAUAUUAAAGAUGCAAUACAGCUACAUCCAUGGGCAAAUAAGACCUUGAAAGCAUUCUUAGGCUUGACUGUAUCUGGCAAAUUGUAUUUCAUAUAUAUUUUAAAAAAUGAAAGGCUGGACAUACAGCCAUACCCUUUAAGACUGGAAGUACAAAGUUUAUUUUUCCAAACAAAUGAAAAAUGCCCCUUCCUUGCAUUUCAUAAUAGUCUUUUAAAUGUUUUUUACUUUUUGGACAAGAACGACAAGCUAUUAUUUUGGGCUCAAGUUCUCUAUCCUCAAAGUACUGGCGUAGAUAUUGUUUUGGAAUCCUAUGGUCCAAAAAUAAUAGAAGAUAAAAUGACACUUAACUAUCAACUUAUCUCGGGACAAUGCAGUAAAACUGUGGUAAUAGAUUUGUUUCAGUCUGUAAAUUACGAAGCAGCCAAUGAUUACUUCAAGUUACAAGAACAGAACACAGGUAUUGUGCUGUACAACAUUCAACCUAGCAAACACUCAAAAUCGUGUAUGGAGUUCAAGAAGGUGUUCCAAGUAGCUGUUGGCUGCAAUCGCAAGAAAUACAUUGUUGUCAAAGGGUUUCCUAAAAUAUGCUUUCGGCACAAUUUUUCUUACGUAAUUGAUAAGUCAUUUCUGAGACAUCGACCAGAAGAAGACUUGAAAGUAAAGUAUAAUUUGAAGUUAUAUGGCUGCCCCUUGAGAAGGGAUUUCCGGGAAAUGUUUAAACCUGAAAUUCAACUAUUUAAUGAAAAUGGAUUUGUUGAAGAUAUUAAAGUGAAUUUCAUAGUCUGGGAGAUACAUGGAAGGGAUGACUACAGCUUUAAUACUACAAUGAGAAAAAGUGGCUGUUUAAACGAAGCACAGACUUGGAAGUCCAUGACUGAGCUGAACAAACACCUCCCAUUAGAGCAGGCCUGGGGGCCUGAGAAUUAUAAGCCCUGUUUUUCUUAUGCUAUUGGAAAACCAGGAGACUUGAAUCAACCAUAUGAGAUAAUCAACCAGUCUAAUUAUAAUCAUAUAAUUUGGCCCUUGGACCAUUCUGGAAUGUAUGUGUUUGGUGUGAAGAUCCUCGAUCCAAACUAUAGCUUCUGUAAUCUAACAACUAUAUUUGCAAUAGAGACCUUUGGAUUUGUUCCCAGGCCAAGUGGUUAUGUGGUAGCUUCUUUUCUUUUUAUCCUAAUGCUACUAUUCUUCAGCAUUCUGGUUUUGAGCUACUUCAAGUACAUAAAGAUUUAUAGACAAUAUCUUCAUGAGCCUCUACAAAUAAAUAGAAGAAAACAAAAGAAAAAAAUGUAG